AUGGGAAGUCAUGGUGGAUCUGUUUCUGAACAGGAAACCCGAAGAAGCAAAGCAAAAAGAGGACGAAUAAACAAAAUCUACAAACUCAAUCGUCGACAUGGCGAUCGGGAAAGACGAUUGAGGAAGAAUGUGAAACUUGAGCUUGCAAAACUGGAAAACAGAGUCAAAUAUAUUGUAGGAGUUCAAAAAGGAGAUUUCGAAUUACAUACUCCCGGAUUCUGGCCAAGACAACAUGCUUUCUCCACCGUCUUCGCCGUCGCUACCGAACCGGCUAUCUCUAGCAUCGGCUCGAAGAAGCCGGAGACAACGACGGUCCCGCUUCCCAGUAACCACUCAUCUGAUAAGCUGCUCAAAAUUCGUCACACGUGUGCACAUGUAAUGGCCAUGGCGGUUCAGAAACUCUUCCCGAAUGCAAAAGUAACGAUAGGGCCCUGGAUAGAUAACGGUUUCUACUACGACUUUGAUAUGGAGCCUCUAACAGAUAAAGACCUCAAAAGGAUCAAGAAAGAGAUGGAUCGUAUCAUUAGUCGGAACUUACCGCUUCUACGAGAAGAAGUUUCUAGAGAAGAAGCGCAGAAAAGAAUCAUGGCGAUUAACGAGCCUUAUAAGAUGGAGAUUUUGGAAAGUAUCAAGGAAGAACCCAUCACCUUGUAUCAUAUCGGUAAUGAAUGGUGGGAUCUUUGUGCGGGGCCUCAUGUCGAGACCACAGGGAAGAUAAACAAGAAAGCUGUUGAACUAGAAUCUGUUGCCGGCGCAUACUGGAGAGGAGAUGAAAAGAGGCAAAUGCUUCAGAGGAUAUACGGAACGGCUUGGGAGAGUGAAGAACAACUAAAAGCUUAUCUUCAUUUUAAAGAAGAAGCUAAACGCCGGGAUCAUAGACGCAUUGGCCAGGACCUCGAUCUUUUUUCUAUCCAGGAUGAAGCUGGAGGAGGAUUAGUGUUUUGGCAUCCGAAAGGUGCAAUUGUUAGAAACAUAAUUGAAGAAUCCUGGAAGAGGAUGCACGUCGAACAUGGUUAUGAUUUGAUCUAUACCCCUCAUGUCGCCAAAGCUGAUCUUUGGAAGAUCAGUGGUCACUUGGACUUCUACAGUGAGAAUAUGUAUGAUCAAAUGGAGAUCGAGGAUGAGCUUUAUCAACUCCGACCCAUGAAUUGCCCUUACCACAUCUUACUCUACCAAAGAAAGCGUCAAUCAUAUCGAGAUUUGCCCAUAAGAGUUGCAGAGCUCGGUACAGUUUACAGAUACGAGCUGUCUGGUAGCUUACACGGCCUCUUCCGUGUCAGAGGGUUCACACAGGACGAUGCACACAUAUUCUGUUUAGAGGAUCAGAUCAAAGAUGAGAUCAGAGGUGUCCUAAAUCUCACAGAAGAGAUAUUGUCGAGGUUUGGGUUCGACAAGUAUGAAGUUAAUUUAUCAACUAGACCUGAAAAAUCAGUUGGAAGUGAUGAUAUAUGGGAAAAGGCGACAUGUGCCCUUAGGGAUGCUUUAGAUGAUAAGGGAUGGAGCUAUGAGGUUGAUGAAGGAGGUGGUGCCUUUUAUGGCCCAAAGAUAGACCUUAAGAUCGAAGAUGCAUUGGGAAGAAAAUGGCAGUGCUCAACCAUACAGGUCGACUUCAAUCUUCCUCAGCGAUUUGACAUAACUUAUGUCGACACAAAUUCGGAUAAGAAACGUCCUAUAAUGAUCCACAGGGCAGUUUUAGGCUCAUUAGAAAGAUUUUUCGGGGUUCUCAUAGAACACUACGCAGGGGAUUUCCCGUUAUGGCUCUCUCCUGUUCAAGUCCGGGUUUUGCCCGUCACAGACAAUCAGUUGGGGUUCUGCAAGGAAGUGAGUAAGAAGCUAAGAGCCUGUGGAGUUAGGGCUGAGUUGUGCCAUGGAGAGAGGUUGCCGAAGCUCAUAAGGAAUGCAGAGACACAGAAGGUCCCAUUAAUGGCGGUGGUGGGCCCUAAAGAAGUCGAGACUGGAACUGUGACCGUUAGAUCAAGGUUUGGAGGCGAGCUUGGAACCAUUCUUGUUGAUGACUUCAUCAACAAAAUCAACAUUGCGGUUGAAACAAGAACUGCACUGUAA